AUGGAUAUUACCAGAGAGUUGUUUAAUGUCGUAUUUCUUCUUUACUCGAUCAUCAAUUUCAUCUUUUAUGUGCCUCUGAUUUGGUUAUUCAAUUUGUUAAGAGUCUGCUUUAGAUUUGUUUAUCUUGAAGAACUUGCUGGAAAAGUAAUACUCAUUACUGAAGCUUCAUCUGGUAUUGGUAAGCAUUUGGCGAUUGAGUAUGCAAAAGAAGGGGCCUGUUUGGCUUUAGUUGCAACGAGAGAGAAGCAGCUGCAGACGGUGGCCCGAGAUGCAAAGGCAAUGGGAUCACCAGAUGUGAUUGCGAUCCCUGCAGAUGUUUCCAAACAUCAGGAUUGUAGCAGAUUAAUUGAACAAACCAUCCAACAUUUCGGUAAAUUGGAUUAUCUUGUGAACAAUGCCGCCAUUGCAACAUACGGUUUCUUUGAAGACCAAACUUUUGUCCCUAAUGAUAAUCCCGUCAUGGACAUUAACUUUUGGGGAUCUGUUUAUACCACACAUUUUGCACUUCCACAUCUAAAGAGGAACCAAGGAAAAAUAAUCGUGAUCUGUUCUUGUGGGGGUUGGUGCGGGACUCCAGGAUUAAGCGUGUACAAUGCAAGUAAAACCGCGUUGGUAAGUUUCUUCGAAACCCUAAAGAUGGAGCUUGAUUCAGAAGUUGAUAUAACAAUCGUUACUCCAGGAUUGGUUGAUUCCAACUUGACCGAGGAAAAAUGGAUGGAAGAGGCAAACGUAAAGUGGGCGCCAACGGUAUCAGUUGAAAGGUGUGUUAAGGCGAUUGUUAAUAGCACCAAAUGUGGAGAUAAAUAUGUUGUAGAGCCACCGUGGAUGAUGACAGUAUUACUAUGGAAGAUACUCUGUCCAGAGAUUUUCAACUGGGUUAUGAACUUUCUGUUUGUAACUUGGCCAAAUAUUUCGUCAAAAAAAGCAAGAUCCCACAAGUCUCGUUGA